AGUGUUAGAAGUUACUGUUUGUGACAUUUGAUUGUUAGCAACAAAUGCCUGGCUAGUUAGCGAGAUUCCCACAUGUCAUGUUGGUCGUUGAGUGGGGGCAUUUGACUAAAGGAGAAACACGCUUAUAUGAACAGUUUUUUUUCCGUCGUGGAUGACCAUUAAUAUUCGUCGUUUGGUAGUGUUUUCUGUGUGUGACGUUAGCUGACUAACUACUUGCUGUCGUGUUACCUGGUUUUUGUUGGCCAUAAAAUCGGUUUCUGAGGGGCAGCAUGCGAACAUGCUAUCAGCUAGCACGCUAACGUUACUGCUAGCUAACGUUUACUGUCAAAUAAUUGUGGCACCGCCCAGAGUUAUUUGUGUGGAUGAUAGAAUUGUCUAGCUACGCUAACAGAGCAGAAGGAGCUGUUACGAUGGAGGCCAACAAAGCUGAAGGCAGAGGUAAGGGAGACCAUGGCAUGCAGAUCCCAGGAGGACUGUUGGACAGACAGGACAGCCUCCACAACAUGGAGAGCCUGCUCCCCAAGGCUGUGAAGAGGCGAGUCUACGCCCUGAAGAAGCUACAGGUGCAAUGUGCCAACAUAGAAGCAAAGUUCUAUGAGGAAGUCCAUGAGCUGGAGAGGAAGUACGCUGGCCUCUACCAGCCCCUCUUCGACAAGAGACGAGACGUGGUGACAGCCACAGUGGAACCCACAGACGAAGACUGUGAGUGGCACAACGACAGAGAGGAGGAGGAAGAGCUAGCGGAGGAGCUGAAGAAGAAGGCUGCUGUUGAGGAGAAGGAAGAGGAUGCCGCCCCAGAGGAAGACCCCAAAGGCAUACCCGAGUUCUGGCUCACCAUCUUCAAGAGCGUGGACAUGCUUAGUGACAUGCUGCAGGAACACGAUGAGCCUAUCCUGAAGCACCUUCAGGACAUCCAAGUCAAGUUCUCUGAGCCUGGAGAACCUAUGAGUUUCACACUGGAGUUCCACUUUGAGCCAAAUGGUUUCUUCAACAACGCUGUGCUCUCUAAAGUUUACAAGAUGAAGUCGGAGCCUGAUGACGAUGAUCCCUUCUCAUUUGAGGGCCCGGAAAUUUUUGCCUGUGAAGGUUGUCAGAUAGACUGGCAUAAGGGGAAGGAUGUGACAGUGAAGACCAUUAAGAAGAAGCAGAAGCACAAAGGCCGUGGCACUGUCCGCACAGUCUCCAAGCAGGUGCCCAACGACUCCUUCUUCAACUUCUUCAACCCCAUUAAAGUGUCACCUGAUGAAGAGCCGGACGAGGACGCCGAGUUCACCUUAGCCACAGACUUUGAGAUUGGCCAUUUCUUCCGUGAGAGGAUAGUACCCCGAGCUGUGCUCUACUUCACUGGAGAGGCACUGGAGGAUGACGAAAGUUUUGAGGAGGAAGAGCUGGAGGAGGGAAUUGAAGAGGAGCAGGAUGGUGAUGAUGAUGACGAGGGAGACUUUGACCCUAAGGCAUAAGCAAUCAAUCAUUCUCACCCCAUGCAUUUCUAGAAAGAAGAGCCCCAGCCUGCCGAGUGCAAACAGCAGUAACCGUGGUGACCAGGGGAGCUUGGCCGAGAUCCUGCUGUCCAUCAAAUCAGUCCUCAUCCAAUCAGCAGGUCUUCCCGUCCCUGUUGGCUCCGCCCCUUAUGAACUCUCAUACAAAUGCAAUAGAACACAACCAAACAGUGUUUUUAAUACAUGCAUGCCCAUUUAUCUGCUGUCCUGUCCCCCGCCCUUUUUGUUUUAGCUUCAUUCAUAACCAAUUAAGAAGUGACCUGGACUUUAAACAAUUCACCACGGCAACGUAGAGUUAGUCUACUUCACAAGUAGGUGACUAAUGCCGAGAACCUCAGAAUAUUCAAAUAAAAAAAAUAUUGAAUGGAUGGAUCCCGAACUUUAGUUUUAACAGAAAAUCAGUUACUCAGGGUUUUGUAAGGCCAAUAAGAUGAGUGUUAAUUUACCAGGAAAUUGCUGAACAGGUUUGACUUAAUACAUCACUGGGGUUGCUGACAAGUUCUUUUUUUCUUUCUUUAUGGUGUUUUUAAUAGACAAGGUGUAUUACUCUCAAUUUUAUUUUAUUUUCUAAUGUUCAUGUCCUUGGACUAUUUAUUCUGGUUUCAUGCAGCUGUAUGAAGUGGUGCAUUAUGGGAAAGUAUUUUAGGCCCCACCCACAAUAGAUAAGGCCCAUUCUCAUUCACCAUGCAAAUGCCCAACAAACAUUUGUCCCUUCUUUCCCAAGCUUUGCAAGACUAACAACAUGUUUAUACUGCCAAAUUGUAUUUUUUAAUAUGUGAAAUGGUUUUAAGCGUUUUGAGAAUUUUUUGCCACACUACUGCUUUGACUGUGCCCGGACUCGUAGGGCUUAACAAAAUAUGGCUACACUUCUCAUGGUCAGCCAUUCUAAUACAUUUGGAAGCGAUGGCAUGAUCCUUAACCUAUCGUUCCUAAAUCCCUAUUCGUCCCUUUUAGCUGAUCUGAAAGGACCUUGUAGGUUUAAGCAAUAUAACAGGUAUUAUAUAGUUGCUGUUAUAACAAUCCUGCCUUUUUAGAGGUUUAGGUGGAGUUAUUACCGUAUUGCGGAUAUGUGUACAGGGUUGGUUAUUUGGUUUGAAAGUGCAAUUUACACAUCGUCACGACACACUUAACCAAGUUAACCAAGAAAAAGGAUAGCAGUACAAGAUGGUAAAGCUUAACGUUAGUAGAAUAUACCUAUCCAGCCCUCAGAUAUAUGUUAGGGGAAGGAAAUAAGGGUGUUUGUGUAUAAGUUUGGAAUUGGGCCAGAAGGUUGAGGUGUUGUGGCAGUUCAUGCAGCCAUCAUAAACAGUGCCCAUCGUUACAGAAGGCUACCAAUCCAACCCCUCCACCACCAAACAUGUUCUGUCCAUAUUCCUGCUAACAUGACAUUUAAACAUGUAUUACUCCCCUAAGAAUGCCCAUUUGUCUAUAGAAUGUCUCCCCAAACGUGAGACAACCGGUUGCCCAUGAUCCUAUCAGCACGUUGAUGCUGGUUGGUAUGGUGGUCAGCGUGGUAGCAAUGGUUAUCGUUACAGUGCUUUACCACACAUAUCCCCCCCCUUUUUUAAAUAAAGAUUGUAGAGCCCUCGUUUUUGAAAGGACCGAUCUCUUGAAGCCACGGUGACGUCUUCAUCCUCCCCACCUAAUUGAACCUUGUGCUAGAAAUGGCCUUAUCUGGUUCCUCACAAUUUGUUACUUGCGCAAUAUUAUUUUCAAUUUGUACAGAAUUAGUUAAUAUUCUAUUAAAGUUGUGUGACAGACUGUU